AUGCUGCUGAAGCGGGUCCUGGACAGCGGCAAGGUGCACGUGGACUGCCGUGAUGAGGACUACACCACUCCGUUAAUCCUGGCGGCCGCCGGAGGACAUACCGCUUGCGUCAUCGAGCUGCUGGAGCAGGGGGCCGAUCCGAAUGCCCGCCGAGUGACGGGCACCACGGCCCUGUUCUUCGCCGCCCAAGGAGGCUACGUGGACGUCGCUAGGAUACUGCUGAAGGCUGGCGCACCCGUCGACUGCUCGUCGGUGGACGGUGGGACGCCACUGUUCGUCGCCUGCCAGGGCGGCCACGAGGCGAUGGUCGGUGAGCUGCUGGCGCACGGUGCCAACGUGCACGCCUGCAUGAAGGACCGGGCAACGCCGCUCUUCAUAGCGGCCCAGAACGGCCACAGUCUGGUGAUGAAGCUGCUGCUGGCGGCCGGGGCCAACGCGGAUGCAGCCCGAAACGACGGUGCCACGCCUCUGUGGAUCGCGGCGCAGAUGGGCCACGAUUACAUCGUGAAGAUUCUUCUCCACAGCGGGGCCUACGUCGAUGCGGUGCGAUGCGACGGAGCCACGGCCCUGUUUAAAGCGGCCCACAAAGGACACAGCUCGGUGGUGCACGAACUACUCAAGCACCGGCCCAAACUGGGGCUGCUGGAGAACGGCGAGACGGCCCUGCACGCCGCGGUCAUGUUUGGCCACCUGCCGAUCGUAAAGCAGCUGGUCGGGGCCGGCUGCGACUGUAGCGUGAAGAACGCGGACGGCUUCACGCCACUCCAGGUCGCCCGCCAGCAAAAGUACGCAGCCAUCUAUCAGUAUCUGAAGGACCGGAACGUCACUCCGGCCGAUACCCAGCAGCAGUCCGGAGCCACCGGCUACAAAAGGACAAUCCCAAGUGGCGGCGGUGGUGGUGGUGGUCCCAAGACGGCGGCCUCCAACGUGGUCCCGUCGGUGGCCAUCUCGGGCUAA